AUGAAGACCGACGACGCCGCCGCCGCGCUCCACGUGUCCACCACGUCAACGGCCGCCGCGUCUCUGCCGCCGUCCAUCGGCGUCAUGUCCCCACGCAACGAGUUCUUCGUGUCCCAACGCGCCGCGACGGACUUGGAGCUCAGUCGCCUGGACACGUCGCUGUCCCUGGAAGAGCAGGAGAUUCUGGCCACGAUCCAGGAGCUCCAGCUGCAGCUCACGCACCUCCGAGCAGCUGAAGAGCAGGAGCACCGCUCCCCGGCUUCGACUGCAGACGAGCCACUCGCGCCAAGCGGGUCGAAUCACCAGCUGAUUGUCGUGUCGAACAACUUGCCGGUGCUUCUAGAGCGACAGCCACAGACGGGGCAAUGGAAAGCGACGAAAACCACGGGCGGGCUGGACAAACUCAUGUGUUUGACUGGCGUGCGGGCUGAGAUGGACUUUCUAUGGGUCGGCUGGGUCGGCCAACCCAUUCCCAAGAGCGAGCACGAAGCCGUGCGCAGUUUAUUGCUGCAGCACAAGUGCCUGCCCGUGUUCCUGUCGUCAGACGUGGCAGCUCGCCACACGAGCUUCUCGUCCGAAGUGCUCUGGUCGCUGUUCCACUACGUGUCGGAGCCCGUCCCGCUCUUGAAUACAGGAGGGAACUCGAGCUUUUACUCGACGAAACGGUUCAACAAGCAAGACUGGCGAGCUUAUGAGUCGGCGAACGAGAGCUUUGCCGAUGCUAUUGCAGAAGUGUACAAUGAAGGAGACUCGGUGUGGGUGCACGACUAUCACCUCAUGCUGCUGCCGUCGCUGCUGCGCCAGCGCAUUCCGCUUUGUCGAAUUGGCUGGUUCUUGCACACGCCGUUCCCGUCUUCAGAGGUGUACUGCCGACUUCCAGUGCGCUCGCAGCUGCUGACGGGCGUGUUGCAAGCAGAUCUGCUGGGGUUUCAGACGUUUGAUUAUGAACGUCACUUUCUGUCCACGUGUCAUCGACUGUUGGGCGUCGAGUGCACACACAAAGGUGUUCGUAGUGCUCUUGCCAACCGUGAUCAUUUUACUUCGAUUGGCGUGUUUCCGAUUGGAAUCAGUCUGGAGCCUUUCGCUCGUGUAGCGUCGAGUCGGCCGACGCUUGACCGAGUGAACGAGCUGCAUGAAAAAUUUGGUGGGAAGCGCAUCAUACUAGGGAUUGACCGACUGGAUAACAUCAAAGGGAUUCCUCACAAAAUGUUGGCGAUGGAAAUGCUCUUGGACCGCUUUCCAGAGUGGCAGCAUAAUGUUGUGUUAGUGCAGAUUGGCAUCUCAUCCCGCUCUGGAGUCGUUGAAAGCCGAGCUAUUCGUGGGAGCAGUGCAAGUGAUCGGCGUUCAAGUGUUAACAAAGCGACUGGAGAGAAUAGCAACGGGCUUCCUCGAACGUCGUCUUAUCCAAUUAUUGGACCAAAGAGCUCCAUUGGCAGUGACAGCCCAAUCAAAGGUGUGUCAGAGUCUCCUUCUACCGCUGCGAGUUCGAUUGCAGCUGGCAAGGGGAACAGUAGUGGGUACGACGCCUGUUACCCACUUGAGAUGAGCUCUCAUAGCUACCACAAUAUUCUAACUCAAGUGAACCAGAUCGUCGGGCGUAUAAACGGCAUCUUUGGAACUUUGGACUAUGCACCAAUUCACUUUAUUCAACAGCAAGCAACGCCGCAUGAUGAAUUGUGUGCGCUCUACGAUUUGGCCGAUGUUUGCUUAGUGACAUCUACACGCGAUGGUAUGAAUCUGGUGUCGCACGAAUUUGUCGUGUGCCAGCAGCACUUUAUGCGAAACAAGGAUGAGCGUAUGAAGGCUGCUCGUGUGGCCACAAGAGAGUCAUCCGAUCCUAGUGGUGAGGCUGACGGCAGAUUGGAAAGUGUUGGUGCUUCAAACGCUCUCAGAGAUGACGCUAUGAAAAGCGGAGCGCUUCCUCCAAUUCCGUCCCCACGGGAGUCUCCAAUGUCAGUUCUGACGGAUUGGGAAGGCGAAGAUGGCGGACCAGGUGUGCUGGUGGUGAGUGAAUUUGCAGGCUGCUCGCAGUCGUUAAGUGGUGCUAUCGUCAUCAACCCCUGGAAUACAGAGGACCUAGCUCUAAGCAUUCACCAAUCCUUGAGCAUGUGUCGUACGGAGCGCGAGAUCCGUCAGCAGAAAUUGUAUCGCUAUGUUUCGUCGAACACUGCUUCGGUAUGGGGAAGACAGUUUCUGGAAGAGCUCGGUGUAGCUGUUGAGAAAAACCGCAAGUCAUCCACUCAGCUACCGAAGCUCGACAAAAAGGCGAUCGUGCGAGCAUAUGCUAGUGCGCAGAAUCGUGUGAUCAUUCUGGAUUAUGAUCGAACACUGACGCCCCAACACUCGCUUCUUCCGCUUGCUGCGGUCGGACCUAACUUUAAGUCUCUGCUUGACGCACUUACUGCUGAUGAACGCAAUACAGUGUUUAUUGUCAGCGGUCGUGAACGGAAGUUUCUUGAGACCUGGUUGAAUGGCAUGCGAGUCGGUGUUGCAGCAGAGGACGGAUUCUUUUAUCGCAUGAACUUGAGCAACACACGUGAGCAGUGGAAAACUAUGAGCAAGUUCCAGUAUGACGUUGCAAGUGCUCGUUCGGGUGGAAGUACUACCGUGACGAUCGCUGGAAUGGGUAGUGUGGGAAGUGUAGAUACUUCUUACUCGAGCGAAGCUCACGGCGGCAUGAUGCACAUGAGCAUGGGCAGUCUGCCAACGUAUGCGCAGCAUGGCUCUGCUCCGAGAUCAACUGAUACUGCAGAUGGCACACCAUUUGCGACAGGAAGUGCUGCAACGGACGACUCAUUCGGUGGAGAUGACAUGUCUUGGAAGGACUUGGUGCUGCCAACAAUGCUGACGUUCACUGAUCGAACGCCAGGCAGUUAUAUUGAAGACAAGGAGAGUUCAUUGACCUGGCACUACGGUGACGCGGACCCUCAUUUUGGCAGCUGGCAAGCAAAGGAUUUGCAGAUCAUUCUGGAGCGGCAGCUUAUUGGCACAGCUCUGGAAGUCUACCAAGGGCAUAUGGCAGUUAGUGUUGAGCAUGAAGGGUGCACGAAGACCCGUGUUCUGGAAGGCAUUCUCAAGCACCUGUCGCUUCCUGAGCAGAUCGCCAAGAAGAGCGGCCAAGAGGUUGAUUUCGUUUUGUGUGUGUGCGAUGACGUGACCGAUGACCAGAUGUUCCAAACGUUGAACGCCCUGGUGACUGAAUCGAAUGAACGUCACGAAGAAAGGAAGCGAAGGGAGGAACAAGCAGCAAACGAGCGGAUCCGCCGCAAUUCUAUUGCCGGAGGCAACCCGGUUCCGGUCCAGUUGCAUGCACGGCCCGUGCCGUCUGCUGCCCAUGUGUCCAAGGCAAAGCCCCGCAUGCCAAAACUACGAGUCAAGAGCGACAUUACGGAUGAAGUGGAGCCGAGUGUCAAGCUCAAAGGCGGCAUGAAAAAGCGGAACCAGAGCGUUGGAGCUGCAGCGGCUGCUGUGCGUGGACACGAAGACUACUCGACUGACGAAGAUGACGAGUUGGACGCAGGAGAAAACAUGGACGACGACAACAAGGUGGCCUUCAGUCGCUUGCAAAAGGUGCCUGUGCAACUUGCAGAGAAUGUGGCAAUAUUCGCUGUCGUUGUUGGCCCGGAUGUUAAACACAGUGGGGGACGCCAUGCCUCUUCAUUUGCGGUGGACUCGCUGGCAGACGUGCGAUCGGUUCUCAAGGAUUUUGUGGACGAAAGUCGCAAGGAAACCAACCGGGCCAGCCCUACACCGGUGACACCCGGGUCGUAA